GUCUCCUCUCUGCGAGAGACCUGCUCAGCCGCUUGAUUCCGGAGAACCCACUGAGCUCUUCCAUUCCUGCCUAUAACGAUAUAAGGGGGGGGGGCGCUCCGCCUUCUCGGGACUGUAAGGCGUGGGGAGAGGCCGGCCGGUCUGAGGCAACGAGCUGCCUGUGCCCGGCUGGGGGCUCCCUUGUAUGUGGGGGACCAGUGCAGCCUCCGUGUGGGUGGGAGCGCCCCAUGGCCAGCUCCCUGCGAGGGUGGGCGGGUCGCGUCGGAGAGUGAGCGCCCUUGGCCAAAGGGUGCCGGGCACGCGUAAGAUCCUCGCCCUUACGUCGGCGGCCCGCUGUGCUGGCGAGGGGGCUCAGUUUGCACGUGGUUUGCCGUCAUCACUUUGCAGUAUCGACUAUGGCGGCUGCUCUCCUAAAGCUGCUCCCUCUAGACCCAGGGGACGAAGGCACGCAAAGAUGCAGGAUGGGACCUGCCACGUUAUCCACUCUGGGAGCCAGACUCGGAUCCCCACUUAGGAUCACAGUUCCCGGUGGCUGCUGUUUGUGCACCGCCUGGCCCAGAAAUGAUUUGGCUGAUGGUUACCUGCAGCUUGAUCUGAAAUGUAAAACUUCAGGUUUAACUGCAAGCAAGUUGAAAGGUCUCACGCUAAGUGUCAGUCACUUGAAGCUUUUGGCCUGGCACCAGUUGAGAAAAGUAACAGUGAAAGUGGUCCUUAAGAACCUUACCCUGAAAAAAUCCACCCCAGAAGCAACACUACAGGAGAUGGUCAAAGAGCUGCUGAGAAAUGUGUAUGUUUCUCUUCACCAUGUUGUUACUGCUGCCCCAAUUCCUGGAAAUCCAGUGGUAUGUGUUGAAAUACUGGCUGUAGAUGCUUCCUCAGAAGAAGCUGGCCUGAUUGCUCCCAAAACUAAUAUAAACAUUAAAGAAGUAGUCACUUUAGAAUGGUACAGACACUUGUCAAAGGACACUGCAAAAAUUUCAGUUGCAGGAAUGGAUGAUUUGGGCAGCUCUUUGAAAGAGAUGAUUGUUUUGCCUUUCCAUUUUCCCAAAACCUUCAAGAAGUUGGGUCUUUCUGCCCCUAGGGGAGUACUGUUGGUGGGCCCUCCAGGUGUGGGGAAGACUCUUCUCGUGAAGGCAGUUGCAAGGGAAGUGGGGGCGUAUUUGCUUUGCAUCUGUGGUCCAGCUAUAUAUGGCUCAAGGCCUGGAGAAAGUGAAGAGAAUUUGCGAAGAGUUUUUGAACAAGGCAAGGAAUUGUCCAGUGAAGGACCAACCGUUCUCUUUAUUGAUGAAAUUGACUCUUUGUGCCCUAAACGGGGAAGUUCAAACAGCAUCCCUGAAAAUCGUAUUGUUGCUCAAUUGUUAACUCUUAUGGACGGCAUAGGCAGUGAAAAUGAGAUGGUCAUCAUGGCAGCAACAAACAGGCCUGAUGCCUUAGAUCCUGCACUGAGGAGACAUGGUAGAUUUGACCGAGAGGUUAUCAUUGGGACACCAACACUUAAACAGAGAAGGUCUAUUCUACAGUUGAUUACUUCUAAUAUGCCUAUUUCCACUGAUGUUGAUUUGAUUAAUCUAGCAGAAAUGACAACUGGAUAUGUUGGAGCUGAUCUUACGGCAUUCUGCAGAGAAGCUGCUAUGCAGGCUGUUCUCCACAGCUGUUUGGAUUCAGGUCACAUGUUGAUUAACAUGGCAGAUUUCCAUGAAGCUUUUAAAAAGAUUCAGCCAUCUUCCUUUCGAAGCAGUGUUGGACUAACUGACUUUAAACCUGUUACCUGGGAACAAAUUGGUGGUCUUGAAGAUGUGAAAUUAAAGUUAAAACAGAGUAUUGAGUGGCCUAUGAAGUUUCCUCAAGCUUUUGUGAGGAUGGGACUGUCUCAGCCAAAGGGUAUUCUCCUAUAUGGACCACCAGGAUGUGCCAAAACCACUCUGGUGAAGGCUGUGGCCACAAGCUGCCAUUGUUCCUUUCUUUCUGUUAGUGGUGCUGACCUUUUUUCACCUUAUGUUGGAGAUUCAGAGAAGAUUUUGUCUCAGGUUUUUCGCCAAGCAAGAGCACAUACUCCAGCAAUAAUAUUCCUGGAUGAGAUUGAUUCUAUCCUAGGAUCUCGAUCAGCCUGCAAAACUGGACAUGGUGCCCCAGAGAAAGUUCUUUCUGUCCUUCUUAAUGAAUUAGAUGGUGUUGGCAUUAAAGUCACAGAGAGAAGAGGAAAUAAAUUACAGUUUGAAGGUGAUUGUCAAGAACAAAACGAAAAGGAGAGACAGAUAGAGUUUCAAGAAGUUUUGAACAAAGAUGUCAUGAUAGUUGCUGCAACAAAUAGACCAGACAAGUUGGAUGAUGCCUUGUUGCGUCCUGGAAGGUUAGACAAGAUCAUCUAUAUUCCACCUCCAGAUCAAAAGGGAAGGCUUUCUAUUUUGAAAAUUUGCACAGAAAAAAUCCCAGUAGAUUCUGAUGUGUCAUUAGAAUACCUAGCAGUUCAAACCAAACUCUUUUCUGGAGCCGAUAUUGAAAAUCUCUGCAAGGAGAUCAUCUGCAGAAGUCACUGUCAAACAAAUACUGCAUCUCUACAAGACAGUCCACUAGGUCUGCGGCUCAGAUAAAUUACGAUUUCAAUCAUCUAUAAAAUGAGACAGCAGGACAGUUAAGGAUUUUUAAUUCACAUCCGUACUUAAAGGUCUAGUCUGGAUUUUGGAUACAAGAUCUUCAGCAGUAAAAGGCUUUUCUGUAAUUUUAAAAAAACAAAGUCUGAAGUGCCAGAGGAUCCUGAGGACAAAAUGCUUGUAUGACUAAAGUAUAUUAAGUGCCAUUGACUGUGGGGACUGUGGGAACUGUGAGCCACUAAAGUCAUGUGUAGGUUCCUCACAAUCUGCACAUACGUGUAUCAUAUAACUUGUAUAGUAUUUUUAGAGGUAGACGUACCAGAAGCACUUUUGGCUAUUGCAGGUAUAUAGCAUCACUGAAAUGAAGCUGCCAUUUGGUGGUUUGCCUAUUUUUGUGAAUUUGGGAACCCAUUUUGUCCAAAAGAAUCUUACAUCAUCUGUUGUUGGAUCAGUAAUGAAACAAGCAGAUACCAAUACAAGCACAAACCUGUUUAAACAAGACAGUUCAGAGGUAAGUAAUUGGUGUUGUGGGGAAGAGUGGUGUUUUUACUGACAAUCUUUUUGCCAAUCAAUCCCCAAUUUCCCUCUUACAUUCUAUCAGCCUUUAUGUGUUUGCAUUGUAAUUGGAAAUGUUUGUUAAAAAUACACUGAUAUCUAGAAGUGAAUGAUUAAAUAUUUUUACAAGUGUCUUUUUUGGUUUUUGCUUUUAACUUGGCAGGGAAGGGGUUUAGAAAUCUUGUUUCUGUCAGGGGAAAGCUCUUAGACUGUUCUACUGUAGGUGAUGCAAAGAAACUCAAGUAAAAUACAAAACCUAAGGUUAAAAUUCAGAAUGGGACAUUGCUUUUUUUGUUUCCUAUUGUGUGUAAUAAGAAACCCCUCGAAGCAGGUCAGAUUGUGGCUGGAGUGAGAUCACUUGGCCUUAAAGAUUCCACGGCAGUUGGAGACAACUACAGUGAAGAGAACAACUGGCCAAGAGCUGGAAGCCAUUACUGUGUGAGAAAGGAGGUGGAUUAUAAAUUACUGUCA